GUCAUGGGAGUCUGAUUUUGCGAGUCAGUCGAAGAAUAUCCUGCCUUUUAAAAAUGAGAAAGUCAUCUCUAUCACGAAGGUCAACUCAUAUACCUGUCAGAGUUCCCAGUUCUGGAGGCAGUGCUUCAACUCAUAUACCUGUCAGAGUUCCCAGUUCUGGAGGCAGUGCUACAAGAUCAUGCACAGAGAAAAAAAGCACUGGGGCUUUGUUGAAGCCAUCGCAGCGUAACAGGUCCCAAUCAGCAGAUCGGGAGGGUUGUGUGCCAUAUCAAGGUCACCAAUUUCAACGAGCUAACACGAUACCUGCCAUGCUUCAGCACACGAGUGUGCAAGGCAACCUUCCCACCGGCAGUGCUAGGGCACCACAAAGUCAAAUGGUCAGUACCGAUUCGGCCAGAAGAAUGAUAGGUUUUGGAGGAGGUGGAAAACGUAAGGAUACAAGACCAAUCGCAGAAAAGCCUUUCCAGCAAGCUGCACAAGCUAAGGUGCAAGAGUACUUUGAUCGCAAGGCGUCAGACGUAAUCGGACCUGGAAACAGCAUUCGUCCAAUGAACACUACAAUGUUUGUGACCACAAUCAGUCACCUUCUGCAGAAUCUGGAUUCAAACAUUGUCAUAUCGAAAUCAAACUACUUAGAAGAUAUACCAUCAAUUUUGAGGAAGUUUGGAUAUCGUUCCAAAAUGGACAGAUCCUGGCUUAUGACUGUAAACACGCCACACUCUUGGCAGCAUGUGAUUGCUGUCUUGUGUUGGCUUGUGGACUUGAAGGAGGUCAUGGAUCUGACUGAUCCGUUUGAAAUGAUGUACACUGUUGAAGACAAUGGAGAAAAAGAGGACGAGAAAGAAGAUGAAAUCGCCAUUGAUAAAGAUAUGGUUUUGCAUCUCAAGAGGACGUAUAAAAUGAGGAAAUCUGGUGAAGACCGGUUAUCUUUGAUGGAUGAAGAAUUUAUUGAAAAACAAAUUAUAGACUUAAAAUGUACAGAAGAAGAUUUUGACACACUACAAAGGCAACUUGAUCUAAUCAAAGAAGAAGUAGAAAGUGGAAACCAGAGAAAAGCACUUGUCAUAGAUGAAUUGCAGAAAAUCAAGGAGAAAGAAAAGGCUGUAAUUGAAGACACCAAAUCGAUGAAAGAAUUUAUUGAAAAAUCAAAAGCUUUUGUUGAGACAGUUGAAGUAAAACUGCCAACAACAGAUAAAGAAAUAACUGUAAAAAGAGCUGCGUUGAAAAAGAAAAAAAAGGAGUUACAAAAAAUCCAGGAUAAGGUUAACACUCAGGAAAUAUCUCGUAAUGAAAUAGAUCAGUUGAACGUGGAGAAAAAUAACCUGCAGCGAAUGAUUAAGUUUUAUGAAGGUUCGAUUAGAGAAUACCAAAAUUCUACUUUUGCCGUAGACAUGAAACUGGCAGAGGAUCAAAAGAGGCUUGACAAAUUAGUUAUGGAAUUUAACAAACUAGUUGCUGAAACAAUUGCCAUGGAACCACAAUUGAAACAGUGCGAGAUAAAAUUGAAGCUGCUAACUGAUGUUACAUUGAUAGAACACAUACAUACAUACAUAGAAGCUAUUGAUUCUAGAUUGAAAAUACUCAAGGAUCAGUAUAAAUCUGCAAUAAAAACUCUUGAGUCACAGAAACAAAAGAGUGAAACGACGUUAAAAUUGGCCAAUGAAGAAAUAAAUAAAACAAAAGAAGAAAUCAACAGGGAAAGAAGGUUGUUGGAAAAAAUUGAAUGUGACUAUGAGAAGCUUAAGCAGGAAAUACCAUUAAAGAUUGGCCAAUUACGUUUGGAAUUUGACAAAGUACUUGCUGAAAUAAAUAUUGCCGUGGAUGAACUAUUGAAACAGCACGAGAUGAAAUUGCAGCUGCUAACUGAUGUUACUACUGAUGAGUCACAGAAAAAAAAUAGUGACACCACUUCAAAAUUGAAAAUGUCUCUACGGAGUGGAGACCAAUCACAACUAAAUAGUCCACCUCCUCCUAGAGGAAAAAAAACAAAGAAAACUAAAUCUACCGAACAAAAAAUGUCUCUACGGAGUGGAGACCAAUCACAACUAAAUAGUCCACCUCCUCCUAGAGGAAAAAAAACAAAGAAAACUAAAUCUACCGAACAAGUUUUACCAGCUGCUGGUGUAGCUGCUGGUGUCCAAAAAAGGGGACGGGGAAGGCCCAAAAAAAGAAAAUUGCCAGAGAACCUAGCUAACAAGCAGAAAAGAAAGAAGAAACAAAAAGAGCGAAGGCUUAAGAAAGAAUGGUUAGCAAAGGAAGAACCGUUGGAAUAUUUUUGUGGAUGCCAAAUCCAGCUGUUACUCAAGCAGAAGAAGUGACAAGCCCACAAGAAACACAAGAAACACAAGAAUGCAUCCAAACCAAAAACCUUCAAAGAAGGCCCUGUAUUUAUAAUUCAUAAUGUUUUUUAAU